UUUCCCAGGUCAUUUCCUUGCUGGAACACUUUUCCUUAUCAUGGCUCUUUGGUGGAGUACAAAGAGUAUUCUGAAGCAUGUUUGUAAACAGCAAAAGAGGUCUUCCUCCCUUAUUACCAAAGAAUUCUUCUUUCGAGCAGAACUUUUGGAGGGAAUUGUGAUUAUUGGCAUGGCAUCAAUAGGAAUAAUUGGUCUAUACAUUGCACUUUCGAAGAUACAUCAGUUCUCAGAUAAAGAAUCCAAGUUGACCCUAAUUCUGCACUGGCAUCAUCUUUCCAUGUAUGUCUUCUUUGCAAUACUAGGUGGGACCAAGAUCUUAUGUUUCAUCAUUAGUUCACUUCCAGUCUCUUUGGUCAAGUUAACGUUAUCAAGUGCCUUCUUUGUGGAAGCUUUCAUUUUCUACAAUCACACACAUGGCCGGUCAGUGGUGGACACCUUUGGGCACCAACUGUUGAGCUUUGAUGUAUUUUUGGCGGGUCUGGUUGCCUUCAUAGAAUUCCUCACAAAGAACAAUGUAGUUCUGGAGCUCCUGAGGUCAAGCCUCACCAUGCUACAGGGGAUGUGGUUCUAUCAGAUGGCUUUUGUCCUGUAUCCCAAAAACAGAGACCAUGCAUGGGACCUGUCUGAUCAUAGCAACAUUAUGUUUCUCACCAUAUGCUUUUGCUUGUAUUAUGCAUUGACCUAUGCCAUCAUUGGAAUUAAUUAUGCUCUUAUUACCUGGUUGGUUAAGUGGAGACUUAGCAAGCUCUGUACGUCAGAAACUCAACUUCUGAAAAAUCAUGAACAGCAAGAAGAAUCAGAAGAUGAAAUGUGAUUUUUUUUGACUGGCAUCUAGUCUCUCUAAAUGAACCUUCUUAUUUUUUUGCAUUGUCUUGGCUCAUGGUUUUGUUUAGUGAAUGGUAUGGAAAGAAGCCAUGACCACAAGCCUGUAAUUUUGCAAGUGCGGAGCCAAAUUACCAUGGACCAUCUUCUGUCAAUUUAUAGCGGAUUAUUACCCAACUCUGUAUGUGACCUAACAUCUCUCUGAUUAUAAGUAAAUCCUUGGGAAUGUAGA